AUGCUGACAUCUCGACGUGUCGUCACCUUCACCCAUCCUUUGGACCAUUGUCUUCUACCAAAGGUCUGCGGCUCAAAAGCGUCGCCUUUCGAUCGAUCCAAAAUGAAUCACUACCAAACACUGGGCCUCGGCCUGGUCGGGGUGUCAAUCGUCUACUUCGUGGUCGCCUCUUUCCUUGCGAAGCGCUAUCACGCUAGGAGGGCAAAAGAGCUUGGAUGUCAACCGGCCUGGGAACGCCCUUACCGGUGGCCUUUUGGCACUGACCUGGUCUGGGAAAUAAUUCAGGCCGACAAGAACAAUAUUGUCCCCAACUAUUUUCUGGACGUGUAUAACAACAGGACUGCAAAAAGAUCAACAUGGCAACAAAACAUGCUGGGAACCAUGGGCUACGUGACAUCGGAUCCCAAAAAUAUUCAGGCGCUGCUUGCCACUCAAUUCAAUGACUUCGAGAUUGGAGAACAACGUCGCGGCAACUUCUUCCCCAUGUUGGGCAAUGGCAUCUUUACCACGGAUGGCAAGGCAUGGGAACAUUCUCGGACUCUCCUCCGCCCUCAGUUUGCUCGCCAACAAGUCGCCGACUUGCAACUGGAAGAAGUCCAUGUCCAGGACAUGUUCAGACAUCUCACCACCGAAAACGGGUGGACGGGUCAGGUCGACUUGGUCCCACUCUUCUUUCGUCUGACGCUUGACUCUGCCACCGAAUUCCUCUUCGGCCAGAGCGUGGACUCCCAAAUUGCCGCUUUGCCUGGCUAUACGACAAAGGCUCGGAAACCUGGUGAACUGGACUGGACGGCCUUCGCAUCCUGCUUUGAUGGCGGGACCAAUGCGCUCGGCGUCCGCGGAAGACUGGCGGAGCUGUAUUGGCUGUACAGCCCCAAGCACUUCUACGAGAAUUGCAAAGAAGUCCAUCGAUUUGCCGACUACUACGUCAAUCUUGCACUAACCACAGAUCUCUCAUCGUUGAGUGAGCAAAAUCUGGAAAAGGGGCAAAAGAAGGAGAAGUACAUCUUCUUGAAGGAACUUGUACAACAGACACGGGACCCGAUCGAACUCCGAAGCCAACUACUUAACAUUCUGCUAGCUGGUCGCGACACGACCGCCGGGCUCCUUGGAUUCACGUUCUACCUGUUGGUCAGGCACCCCAAGGUCUUCAAGAAACUGCGCGAGAACAUAUUGGAGGAUUUUGGCACGUACGAAGACCCCAAGUCGAUCACCUUUGAAACGCUCAAGGCUUGCUCAUAUCUGCAAAACACCCUGUCCGAAACCCUUCGAAUCUUUGCUACUGUGCCCUUCAACAGUCGCCGCUCAACCAGGGACACGACUCUCCCUCGCGGCGGAGGCCCAGACGGUAACUCGCCAAUCUAUGUCAAAAAGGGGACAGAGGUUAACUACUCGGUUCACAUCAUGCACCACCGAGAAGACAUUUGGGGACCCGAUGUGGAAGAAUUCAAGCCCGAGAGAUGGGUCGGGCGCCGGCCCGGCUGGGAGUUCUUGCCGUUCAACGGUGGACCUCGCAUUUGUCUUGGACAGCAGUUCGCACUCACAGAAGCCGGCUAUGUCAUCGUCCGCAUGCUGCAGAAGUUUGACGGCAUUGAGACUUACGAGACUGAUCCCAUCGUGCGCCAUGCGUACGGCCUCACUACUGCGCCCUUGCGCCUUCCUGUCCGUCUCCACGAAGCAUCCGCUAACUGA